AUGUGGCCCAAUGGCAGCGCCCUGGGGCCCUGCUUCCCGCCCAUGAAUGUCACGCCGGAGGAUCGGCGCCUCAUCGCCUCGCCCUGGUUCUCCGCCUCCUUCUCCCUGGUGGGCCUGGCCUCCAACCUGCUGGCCCUGAGCGUGCUGGCCAGAGCGCGGUCGGGCGGCUCGCUCACACGCUCCUCCUUCCUCACGUUCCUCUGUGGCCUGGUCAUCACGGACUUCCUGGGGCUGCUGGUCACCGGGGCCAUCGUGGUGACCCAGCACGCGGUGCUCUUCGAGUGGCAAGCCGUGGACCCCAGCUGCCACCUCUGCCGCUUCAUGGGCGUCGUCAUGGUGUUCUUCGGCCUGUCCCCGCUCCUGUUAGGAGCCACCAUGGCCUUGGAGCGCUACCUGGGCAUCACCCGGCCCUUCUCGUUCCCCGCGACCAGCUCGCGGCGCCGGGCCUGGGUCAUGGUGGGGCUGGUGUGGACUGUGGCCCUGGCGCUGGGCCUGCUGCCGCUGCUGGGUGUCGGCCGCUACACCCUGCAGUACCCCGGCUCCUGGUGCUUCCUCACGCUCGGCCCCGAGUCGGGAGACAUGGUCUUCGGGCUGCUGUUUGCAUUCCUGGGCAGCAUCUCGGUAGGGCUGUCCUUCCUGCUCAACACCAUCAGCGUGGCCACCCUGUGUCACGUCUACCACGGGCAGGAGGCCGCCCAGCAGCGCCCACGGGACUGCGAGGUGGAGAUGAUGGCUCAGCUCACGGGCAUCAUGGUGGUGGCCAGCAUCUGCUGGAUGCCGUUGCUGAUCUUCAUCAUCCAGACGGUGCUGCGAAGUCCGCCCGCCCAUGAGCCCACGGCACAGCAGCUGCUCAUCUACCUGCGCCUGGCCACCUGGAACCAGAUCCUGGACCCCUGGGUGUACAUCCUGUUUCGCCGGGCGGUCAUCCAGCGCUUCUGCCCUUGCCUCAGCCUCCGGCGCAGGGUCUCCCCCUCCGGCCUCGACUCCCCCGGGGGCGCCCUUGCCAGCCUGUCCCCCACUAGCACUUGCUCCUUCCUGAUGGCCUCACCGACUGGUUCUCAAUUUCCAGAUAUGGAUGAUGGACAAAGACUUUAA